AUACAUGCAGAGGAGUGGCCGAAUUAUUUAAGUGAAAGAUUCAAGUUGGCCCGUAAAAAUAUCAGCUCCUUCCGCUUAUAAUUUAACGUAUAUGCAUGAUAUUUAGAAAAAAUAAUACAACAAAAGAAGAAGGGGACAUAAAUUGACUAUAUAAAGUUGUUGAUUUUUAUGAAUAGUUACAGUUCGAUAACUACAACUAUCGAAAGCAACAUACAAAGUUAAUUUUUUGUUAAAAUAAAUAUAAAUUAUCAAGAUGUUUAAACUUGUUGCUUUGUUUGCUAUUAUUGCCGUUAGCAUGGCUGCACCAGCACCAGAACCAGCACCAGCACCAAAACCAGGCUAUGGACUUGUAUCAACAGCAGCAGUAGCAGCACCACUUGCUGUUGCUCAUGCUGUACCAGUUGCAACAUACGCAAACAACUACAACUUUGCCUACAAGACAAAUCCAUCAGUUGUAUACUCUCAAGCUGCACCAGUUGCAUACUCUGCUCAUCCAGCACCAGUUGCAUACUCUUCAUAUCCAGCUCAAUUUGCUUACUCAGCUCAUUCAUCACCAUUGGCUUACUCUGCUCAUCCAUCACCAUUGGCUUACUCAGCAGUUGCCGCACCAGCAUACUACCAUUAAAAAUUUAUCAACAAAAUUCAACUACAAUAGAUUUGUUUUUCAAUAUUUUUUAUACAAAUAGAACAUGAAAUUUAAUUGCAAUAAUAAAU